AUGUCUUUUGCUGGCUAUUUGUUUGGAAAUGUUGACGAACAAGGACGGCUAGAUAACGAUCUCGAUGAGGAGUUGCGAGAGUCACUGCAGCAUGUCGAUUCCAAGUUCAUGUCCAAAAUUUUCAACGCAGAGACGUUUGGCAUUGCAACAGUAAAAGGUGGUGACGAUGAUCAAUACGACGACGAAGCAGACGAAUCUUCAGCCAUCCAACAGCAACAACAGCAACCCACUCUGCAUGCAAGCGAUGCUGUCGACUAUUCAGACUUUAACGAAGCUGUACCUGACGAUCAGCUCUUUUCAGACAAAUAUUAUGAACGUGGUAUGAACAUUGUUUCCAAGUCAACGUCACGACUACGAGCUGUCAACGAUGACUAUGACGAAGAGGACGAAGACGAGUAUAAGCAACAACAGCAACAACAACCCUACGUGUCAGUCAAAUCAGAGGUCUUGGAUGAUCUCUUGCCAACAACAACACAAUUCUCGAUGAUGCUCCCACAAUCAUCAGCGACCGCUCCUGUAUCAGCAACGAAACAAGUGGAUAUCAAAGAAUUGUUCCCAGCAUUUGAAAAGGACAAAGUGCUAAAGUUCUCCGAAUUGUUCAUGACCAAGUUAAAGGCGACAUCUCGAUUGCAACAAAAUAAGCGAGUGAUAUUUGGUGACGGAUACGAAUACGAAGUAGAACGUGAUCAGCAAACGCUCUUUACUCGACCUAUCAAAGACCGACACAAAAAGAGAUCUUGGGAUCAGGGCAAAGCAGCUGCCAAACGAAGGAAAUUGGAGAUCAUGUCGCUCGAUGAUUCACAACCCCUUGGCGAAAGCGAUGUUGAAAGCUCGGAUGAAUCGGAUGAAGGAGAAGAGAUGUCGAUCACAGAAAGACCACCACAAGAUAUCGAGAACAAUAAAUUGUAUCAUUCAAUCAUGUUGGAAAGAUGGGAAGAUCAUAUCCAUUGGGGGGAUAGCGACGAGGAUGAUAUGAAUUGGGAAUCAGUGGAUGGACCUUCAACGUCGUCUGAGUCCGUUGUAUCCAAGCAUAUCAAUCAGCAGUUAUCGGAUGGUGAAUGGCUCGAUGCGAUUAUAUGGGACCGACCCAAGCCGAAUCCAGCAUACAUGAAGAUCAGCCUUGAUUUGAAUGACCCCAACAUGCUGUUUGACAUGGAGAAGAUAGAGACUGAAAAGGCACGUGUGGUCGAAGCCAAACAAGUCAAGAAGGGAAGGAAGCCAUUACCAAAGCCUUUGCCCAAGAUUCCUAUGAUUGUCAGCACCGAUGAACCUCAAAAUAAGCUACCCAUCAGCCGUUUCAACUUGUCCAAUGACAAAUUCUACGAAUCCCAUUAUACGGGUCGUCUUGUACGUGUACGACAAACACUUGGUGAACUCGUGGUGCAGCAUGCAUUGCCGGCUCUCAAAUUACAUCCUGUUCUGUAUAAGAUUCGACUUUCAAAACCAGAGCUUCGUUCCUUCCAUCGACCUUUAUUCCCAGUGCCUCUCAAUUCAGAUAUCACGUUCUCUCGCGUCAAAGUCUGCAAGAAGAAAAAGAAGGAUAAGAAAAGAGGAUAUGUGGAUGCCAUGCGAACCACCAAGGAUUUAUCUCUCAAGGACACUGCUCCAUUUGUGUUGCUUGAAUUCUCAGAACAACAUCCUCCCAUCAUAUCCAAUGCAGGCAUGGGCACGUUGAUCAUCAAUUAUUAUCGCAAAAACGAUCCAAAGGAUGACCAUGUUCCAACGUCUGAUAUUGGUGAACCUUUUGUGCUUGAUAUUGGUGAUACAUCUCCCUUUAUGAAUUUCGGCAAUGUGGAGCCUGGUCAAACGAUACCCGUGUUAUACAACAACUUGAUCCGUGCGCCACUUUUCCGCCACGAUGUUAAGCAUACCGAUUUCCUAUUUGUCCGCAGCACCUAUAAGGGCCACACUCGUUACUACAUCCGUGAGAUUCCAGCUGUAUUUCUCGUGGGCCAAACAUAUCCUGUACAAGAAGUGCCUGGACCUCAUUCACGUAAGGUGACCACCACGAUCAAGAACCGUUUGCAAGUGAUCGCCUAUCGCAUGAUCAAAAAGAACCCACUGCAGCGACUCAAAAUGAACAAGCUGGCAGCACGAUUCCCCGAGUACACAACUUUGCAAAUUCGCCAGCGACUCAAAGAGUUCCUUGAAUUACAUCGACGAAGCAAGGAUGGUGGUGGUGGCUAUUGGAAAGUGCGUGGUAAUGGUGAUCCACCCUCUGAAGAAGAUUUACGCAAAAUGGUGACCCCUGAAAUGGUGUGCUUGCACGAGAGCAUGCUCGUGGGUGAACGUCACUUGCAAGAUUUGGGUUAUGGCGACGUGGGUGAUGAUGAAGAAGUCGGCGAAGGUGAUUCAAAACUCGAGUUGGAGCAGCAACUCGCACCUUGGUUUGCCACACGCAACUUUAUCAAUGCCAGUCAGGGCAAAGCCAUGCUUAAGCUCUAUGGUGCUGGUGAUCCGACAGGUCGUGGUGAAGGUUUCAGCUUUAUUCGUGUUUCAAUGAAGGAUAUCUUUUUACGUGCUGGUGAAUCAGCUGAAGAGAAACUUGCUCAAAUUGAAGCUCGACCCAAGAGUGCUCACCGGUACAAUGUUGCUGAACAACAACAAAUUUACAGAGAAGAGAUUGCACGCAUUUGGAAAGCACAAUUUGAUGCGCUUACAUCCAAAGAGGAGCCUGAAUUAUCUGAUAAGGAAACUGACGAUGACAAUGAAGGUGAAUCAUUAUCUCAUGUUGGAAGCCCAAUGCCUGCAUCUCCUGCACCUUAUGGCCGACGUUUCGAGCGAGCACAAUCAGAAGCAGCAGAUGAUGAUGAUAUCUCGGUAACAGGCAGCGUUGGCUCACGAACAAGUUACCAUGUCAACAACAAUCCCAACAAGCACCUUGUGAUUCGCCGAUUGAUUCGACAGCCUAACGGAGAAAAAGCAUGGCAAGAGGAAGUGGUUCGAGAUCCUGUGGUGAUCAAAUCAUAUCUUCGCCAACGCCAGAUGAUUGAGGAGGAAGCAACAAGCGUGGAAGCUCUACGACCCACGGAUGAUGCUGAAAAGAACGAACGGAUGAAGAAACGUUUACAAGAACGCUUGGCUAAGCUCAAACGCAAUGCUGAACGACGACGACAACGACAAUUGGCUAAGCAAGCCGCAUUGGCUGAGAAUCCUGUGCUUGGUUUGAUUCGUGGCAAACGAGAAGGUGCUAUGCGACGUUGUGGCAAUUGUGGACAACUUGGCCAUAUGAAGACAAACAAAAACUGCCCCAUGUUCCAUAUCGUCAAUAACAAUGCUAGCCAUGCAACGGCUGCUGCUGCUGUAGCUGCUGCUGCUGCAGGUGGUAAUGGGCAACAACUACCUCCCUCCUCCUCUUCCGCAUCCACACCAGCAACCUCUCCAGCACCACCAUCAGCAUCAUCUCCUAUGCAAGGCCCCACCACGACGAACAACAACAACAACAACAAUCCUGCAUCCCAGUAA